GCUAGAUAUUGACCCCAUUCGGGCUCCUAUAAACAUCGAAUUGGUUCAGUCAUUAUACCACUGCUAUUCAUUUCUUACCAGUUAUUUCUUCCACUUCAUUAUCCAAAUCAAUCAGGUGAAGAUGAGUGAUAUUCGAGAUUUGCACAUUGCCAUCAUGGGCGCCGGCAUGGGUGGCCUUGGGACUGCAUUGGCCCUUGCCAAGAAAGGGUUCAAGCACAUCGAUGUUUACGAAUCGGCCAGCAACCUCGGAUUCGUUGGAGCCGGAAUCCAGAUGGCACCAAAUAUGGGAAGGAUCCUGGACAAGCUAGGUUGUUGGACGGAAAUCGAGAGGGACGCGACGCAUGUUACAGGGAGUAGUAUCCGGCAGGGCGCUACCAACGUUGAACUCGCGCACGUCGACAUGCCGGAUAUCAAGGCUAAAUACGGAUACUCGCAUUGCUGUGGGCACAGAUCUUCCUUGGCCGGCCGCAUGUACGAGGCGUGCCAGAGGGAGGGCAGCAUCAAUUUCCACUUCUCAACUUCCCUGCAAGACAUUACGGGCUUUUCGCCCCGAGUUUCCUUUACUGUCGUGCCAAGAGAUUCUGAGCCUCGCAAAGUCGAAGCCGAUAUUCUCCUGGGCUGCGAUGGCAUCAAGAGCGUGACUCGGGUAAAGCUCCUGGAACAAGUCGGGGCUACCUCCGAGGAAGCUGAGACUGGGCAAGCUGCCUACCGCAUCAUGCUCAAGCGGGAAGACAUGGCACAUGACCCAGAUUUGCUCGCCCUGAUUGAUAGUGAUAAGGUUGUCAGAUGGGUUGGUGAGAAACGUCACAUCAUUGCCUACUCCAUCGAUGGAAAGUCUAUCUACAACCUUUCGACCUCUCAACCUGACGAGAAUUUUGCGACUGCCCCUUCAGCCACGUACACAACCAGAGGAUCGAAAACUAAGAUGCUGAAGGUCUUUGAAACCUUUUGUCCGCUGGUUCACAGGAUGCUCAACCUUGUCCCAGAGGGAGAGGUCUGCGAGUGGAGGCUGAGGAUGUAUUUGCCACUACCAACCUGGACACACGGAAGCGUUGCCCUCGCUGGAGACGCAUGUCAUCCAACCCUACCUCACUUAAGCCAAGGUGCUGCCAUGGCCAUCGAGGAUGGUGCCACCAUCGCCGAGGUGCUCUCCCUUGCUCCAGACGCCCAACCAGAGACAAUCGCCAAGUGCCUAAAGGUAUACGAAAUGUCUCGCAAGGAGUGGACUUCGAACCUCGUACAGAUGGCCUUUUUAUCAGGGCGCACGUUACAUUUAGGCGAAGGUAAGGCCAAGGAAGAGAGAGACAGGAUGUUCCAGGAACACAAGACGAGCGGCUCAGUGCCGGACAAGUGGACAUCCCCUGACGUCCAGAACAUGAUUUACAGCAAUGAUUGUGUUGAGAAGGUCAAAGCAGAGUUCGACACACUCUAUACGAGUCUUUAA